AUGGCCGUCUCCUCGUGCGACGUAGUCUGUCGCGCCACCCGGCCUAGGUGGCGGCCUCCCACGCUUUCUUCUUCCUCUUCUGCUUCUUUCUCGACUUCUCCUCUCUUGCCUUCUCCUUCCAUCCCUUCAGGCCCUGCGCUGUCGCUUUCCUCCCCUGCGAGCGGGACCUCGCGCGCCUCACGCCUGCCUCCUGCACGGUCUGCCCGCGCGCCCUUGCGUGCGGCCUGUCGCUCUUCAGAAGCUCUGUCUGCGCCUCCUCGUCUUCCUCUCCCUCUGUCGCGCCGCGUUUUGCCCUCCAUUCCGUUCCAGCUUUCAUCUGCGUCUUCAUUUGCCUCUUGUUCUGCAUCUUCAACUGCGUAUUCUUCUGCGUCUUCUGCGUCUUCGGCAUGUUUGUCCUCUCCUCCCUCGGAGCGGCGGCGGUCGCGCGCCUCUCUGCGCCCGCGUCUCCUUCAUCGGCUUCCUCUCUGUCUCGUCUUGUCUCUUCUGCUUUCUUGCGUUGCGCUGGGUUCCCCCUCUGCGGCAGCUGCAAACCCUUCUCAGGCUCGAGACGCACGGCGCGACGCGUCCACUGCUGGGCGCUCCUCUCUCUCUCUGGCUGAGGCUGCUCCGCUGAACACCGCGUCGGAAGGGCUCCACACGAAGCCCGAAGACGCCAGCCCACGAGAGAGAGGCGUGCGCGAGACGCAGACUGAGGCACUCGUGAUGCGCCGCCCCGGAGACGCAGCGACUCCUGCCGCCGCUCCUUCGCCGGCAGCUGCUUCCGAGGGGGCUGCGAACUCUCAGGAGCCCUCCGCUGCGUCUUCCGCGCCUGUGUGGGUCUCUUCCGACCCCCGUUCGCGCCGCAGUUCCUCCGUGCGCCUCCCUGAGCAGUCCUCUCAAGGUCCCCGCGCGUCUGUUUCAUCCUCUUCGCCCUCAACGUCGGCUGCGGCGCUGCUGGCGCCGUCCGUCGCGUUAUCCGCUGAGUCGCCGACAGGUUCAUCUUCAGGCGCGGCGCCGCUGAGCUCCCGGUCUCGCGACGCCGAGGAAGGCCUGCCGUCCGCCGCUUGUCGCCCGCAGCUCCCUGCGCCAGUCAUAGACAUUCGGCCGUCGCCUCCCGCGUCGCCCUUCAAGCGCCAGGCGCAUGCGUCCGCAGAAGAAGGAGAAGCAGAGACGCCUCCAUCGCCCCCGAUCCGCCCACCGGCGCGCGCGGCGGCGCCGCCGUGGACGGCAUUCCUUCAGCGGCACUGCACGCGGGCGCCUGCGGGGGGAGCCGAUAGGCGCCAGGCGGCAGGGGGGUUGGCUGCGGCUUUUGCGCACUUCUGGCGGGCGCGCGUCGUCCCCGCGCUCACGCCGUCGCGCGCGUGGCUGGAGAAGACCUUUCUGGCGCAUGUGCGCGCUCCGACGCACGUCGUCGCGCUGCUGACGGCGAUCAACCGGUCAUAUCUCGCGCAGCAGACGGACGCGAUUGCCAGGGGCGAGGCUGAAAGCGGGGCGGAGACGCGCGGCGGCGACGGGGAGCUCAGCGAGGAGGCGCCCGACGACGAGGGCGGCGCGAGACGCGGCUUGGACGGAAUGGCGGGGGACGGGGGGGCGGGGCGGUUUCUCUAUGAGAACGCAGGCCUUCAGGAGCCGUUUUCUGCGUUGGGCUUUCUGUCAGAGCCCUUCGCCUUCCGGCCUGUCUCCUCCACCCUCGUCUGGGCCUUCGCGCGCUACCUGCUCUUCUCGCUAGCGCCGGUUCUGCUGUUCCUUCUGCUGCCGCUCCUUCUGCUACGCCUCCUGCCUUCGGUCCUCGCGCGGAGCCUAGCCGCAGACGCGGCCGCCGAGGGCGACACCUUCUCUGGUUUCGUCUCGAGCAUCCCCUCGUCUCCGCUGAACUGCCGCGACUCGUUGGUUUCGCUGGCUUCCUCCUCGGUGCACUCCGAGCCUUCAAACUUUGUGCCUUCGUCGCCGUCUUCGUCGUCGUCUUCGUCGCACUACGCGCGCCUCCUUCUGCGCUGUCCCUCGUCGCUCUCUUCCGCCUCCGCCGCCAGGCAGGUCGCGCGGCGCUCGCUGCUGUUCGCCUCCCUCGUGGGGGUGUUUUCACUCGUCUUUUUCGUCAGCGCCUUCCUCGCCACCCCCCAGCUCGACGCGUCCCUGUGCGCGGUGGGCAAGGCAGCAGACGGCUUUUUCUUCGGCGCGCCGCCGCCCCCAGGCGCGCAGGGCGCGGCGGAGGGGGAGGAUGGAGCCGCUGACGAAGCGAGGGCGCGCGAAAGCGACGCGAGGAGGAAGAGCGAGGGCGCGCGGCGCUUCGAGGACUCGGCGGCUCGCGGGCAAAACGCGCGACCGGCGCUCCAUGCGUCGAGAAAAGAGAGAGGCAGCAUCUGGCGACGCACACCGGGAGGUCUCGCGCGCAGACUGCCUCCCUUGCAGCCAUCGCCGGCCUCGCCACGCGCAGAGGCGGACCCAGUGGAGCGACGCGGAGAGAGAGAGGUAGGCCCGCAGGGGGAGAAGACGAGUUUGGAGGGCAGCGGCGACGAGGAACGAGCGACCUCGAGGCCAGAGCCGUCGUUCGCGCAGCAGGGUGAGGGGGAGAGGGGGGAGGAAGAGACGCCGAUGCCGAGCCUUGAGAGAAAGAAUCCUCGAGACGAGAGGGACGGAGAACGCCCUCCCUCAAAGGGAGCGGAGGCGCGGCGCUUCUCUGGAAUCGAAGACAUCAGCCACCAGCUGCAUCGCCUGGCGCGCGCCUGGACGAGUGCCGCAGACGACGCUUUCUCUCACGUCUUCCGCAGAGAGUCGAAACAGUUUUCUUCCUCGUCGAUCUCCGCUGCCUCGCGCGCCCCCUCGCCUUUCGCCUUGGGGAGAAAGGGCCCCUGCCGCAGCGACUGCGAGGAGACUUCUUCGCAGUUGGGGCGGGAAGACGCGCCUUUCCCGCGGAUGUCCGCAGAGGACCGACGAGCUGCGGACGAGCCGACUGGAGACAGGGGCGAGCUGACCGCGGAAAGCGCCGAGACAGGAAAGGAAGGCAGCGCCCAGGAGUCGCUGGAGGAGGAGGCGCCGCCCGCGAGCCAGGGAGAGACGCGCAGAGGCCUGUCCCGCCGCGCCCGAGGCGAGACAGCGGAGGGCGCGACGCGGGAGCACUUCGAGGAAGACGACUCGCCUGUAUCAGAACCGCGAGACGAACUCGCGUCCGCGAUACGAGCCGCAGCAGCGCUCGAGGCGCGGUGGGCGGCGCGUCAGCGUCUGCUCGCCCUUUGGCCGUCUCCGCAAGACAGCGGAGCGGCGGAGGUGCCGAGGAGGGCGGACGCAAGUCGGGAAGGAGAGAGCGGCAGCGCGGCCGUGAGGCUGUGGAAGCGCUGCUGCUCGAUUCUGCGCAGCUUGCGAGGCAUGUGCGCUUGCGCGUGGGAUCGACUCUUCGCGCAAAGCCGACGAGUAGGCCGCGGCGCGGCGGGGCGCCUCGAGGAGGCGCAGAAAGCAGACCUGGCUGCAAACGCGCAGCCGACGAGCCAGGGGGACAGCGCGGGCGACGGCGAAGGCCGCCGCGCCUCACGCCACGCAGCGGGCGGCUCGCGCGCAGACUCUCGCGACCGAGACGUGCGUCAGCACGCCGCAGGCGAUCCGCGAGGGCCCGCGUCGCCCGGGGAGCCGCUCCAGGGAGGCAGAAGAGGAGGACAGACUCGAGAAGGCGCGGGCUGGGUCGAGGCAGACGCAGACGUGGGCGAUCGCGCUCAGGGCCUGCCGCGGCCGCCCGAGGAGCGCCGACGGCAGCGCGGAGGAGCGCGCGACCUCGACGAGGCCUCCUCUCCUCGCCCGGUGCGCGUGCUGCCCUUCGCGAGCGACGGCCGCGAAUUCGCGGCACCUGCCUUUUUUGCCGAGUCGCUGGAGGGCGCCGGAGAGAGGCAGGCGUCCGCGGAGGCGAGUUGCGCGCCCGAGAGCGCCCUCGGCGUCGACGCACCGCACCGGGGGGGCGUGCUGCGCUGCACUGACGCCGGCCGGCGGCGCCGUCUCGCGCGGUUCAUUUGGCAGCUUCUGGCGUUCGUUCAGGAAGAGCAGCGGGCGCUGGCGGAGUUUGUGCAGACGCAGUUUUCCCCUGUCGCGCGGUCAGAAGCUCGCGCAGCGGUCGACGAGGCCGCGGAGCUCCUGGAGGUCUCCAUCGCGACCGUAGACUUGCCUCUGCUCUGGCGGAGUCUCGAGUGGAAUUUGACGAAUUUCCACGCGUUUGUCUCCGGGACGCUGCGCCUCUCGCGGCUCACGGUCCUCCUCGGCGUGCUUGUCUCCGCCGCGGUCGCCUGCGCGCUCGUCGCGUUCUUUGCCUGGAGGCGAAAGCGAACGUCUUUCGCAAACAGCGCGGCGCCUGCCCUGAGGCAGGCUCGCGAGAAUUUCCUUCUCUCGUUCCUGCCGAUCUUCUUUUACCUCGCCGGCUGCAGCUGCGCGCUGGCGGUCAGCUUCCUUCUCCUCUCGUCGGCUGGCUCGCUUGAUUUCCUUCUUCUGCAGCUGCCCUCGACUCCCGCGACCCCAGACGCGCAGAGCUCCCAGUCGCUCGCCUGGAUAAAGACUCACGAAGGCUUGUCUACGGUGCUGCCGUUUCUCCCUGACUCCUUGUCGGCUUCGCCGUCGCUCUUUCGCAGCUCGCUCUCGCACUGCCUCGCGCUUCCGCUCGAGCCGGGAGCGUCUAGGGCCGCCGCCGCUGCCGCGCCUUCUCUGCUUCCUGCGUCAGUCUCUUCGUUUUUCGCUCUAAACGAGCGACGCCGAUCCGUAGACCUCGGCGCCAGCGCCACCUUGUCUGUGCGCCCCUCGAGCGGGGGCACGGCUGAGGACGUGGCCUCCAAGCUGUGGAGUGGAGAGGAAGGCGCAGGCGACGAGAGGCGGCGCAGCGCGCCGGCGGUUCCUGCCCUCUUGCCAAACAGGAUGGAAGGCAGGAAGACGUGCGCGGCGGAGGCAGCGACUGGAGAACACGCCCACGCGGGCGGAGGGCGCGGGGCGACAGACGGGCGCUGCACGCGAGAGCGACAUAUCGGAGAGGCGGCGCUAAAAAACGAAAGCCUGGGUUUGACGCCGAGGCGCCGACGAAACGCGCAUCUCGCAUCAAACGUCGUUUCAACUAUAGCCUCCCAACAAGGUGCCAGCGAAGCAGAUGGAGGGCGCGAAGAGGACAGCACGAGCCUAGAGAUGACGAGGAGCCGCGGCGAGACGGUGCGAAGCGACUUCUUUGUUCCUUGGAGCUUCCUUCCUCUCGGGAUUGCAAUCAAGUUUCGCCGCGCGCGACAAAGUGCAGCGGCGCGCCUGGUGCGGCGCGUGCAGGACAAAGGAGCGGCAGACGGCGGAGGCGGCAACCAGAGACCGGACGGCGCAGCACGGAGAGAGAGCCGCGGCCGCGAGGCCGUCGCGGGGAGAAGACGAACCAAGUCGCGAGGAGCCCUGGUCGCCGAGGUGGAGGCCAAGGGGCAGCGAGGCCUAGGCGAAGCACAGAGGCUGUUCUCGGCCUCUGGCGCUUCCUCGCUUGUCAUGCCGCGCGCGAGAGAGACUGCGGAGGACGAAACCUGGCAAGUAGGAAGUCUCCUCUUCACGGCUGUGCUAGACGCAGCCGCGAAGCACGAUGGCGGCGUGCAGGCGUUCAAAAAAGCUCUGGGAGACCUCCAAAGCGGUAACGACGGCUCGGAGUGGGAAAUUGUGCAUCUCUGGCCGCCGUUGACAGCCACGUCGCUGCUCUAUACGUCGCCUACGGAGGGCGUGAACGCGCGGCUGCCUCGGCUCCUGCAGGAAAUGACCGGCGACGCGUGGGCCUUCCGGGGUGCGGCCUUGCCAGCGGCAUGUGCGGACGCCCCUGUGGGCCCUCUCCACUUUCCUUCGGCCGCCGCUGAGCAGGCGGAGGAGUUGCAGCUGGAGACGCCCGCCACCGGCGAGCCACAGCGAGGAGGGAGAAGCCCGCGCGCGUCGCGAGAGAAAGGCGGCGAGCCUCCAGGCGCCGGGGAACGGCGCCGACCUGUGCGCGGCCCUAGCGUGCCGAGAGAGGCGAACCGACGGGCUGCGGCAGGUGGCGAAGAACGCGAAGGCGACGGCUUCCACGCCAGAACGUCGGCCGGCAGGACGCACAGGCCGGGCGGGGACCAGCCGCGCCGGUGCUUCUACGUCUCUCAGGACAUCACGCAGGAGGUCAUCGUUGCCCACUUCGGCUACGCAUUACCGCAGCGGCAACUUCAGCGCCUGCUUUUACUUUUCGAAAGUGCGCGGGAGAUCGACCUGGGCCUGCAGCUGGUGCGGCGCCUGCAUAGCGCCGAUGCGCUGUUGGUUGAAAGCAUGUCGGCGGUGGUGGAGAAGCUUGGCGCAGGCGCGCGGAUUCGGCGCCGAGUACGGGCAGCAGUGGAUGUAAUUGACGAAGAGGAGCGACGCUUGAUGGCGAAAAGCGACUGCCGAUUCGUGGCCGAAGCCGCUGCCGCCGCUGAGUAUCACGCCCGGGUUUUUUGGACUUUCCUCGUUUUCGGGUGCAUGUGCGCCUUGCUUGUCGUAACGGCGGCGACGUUCGUCCUCGUUCAUACGCACGUACAGCGGUGCGAAGUGGAACAACUCCUUCGGCAAGUUCAACGACAUGAGCAGCACGAAGCUGCGAUCCUUCUGCAGCACGAUCUUUCAAACAAAGCAGCAGCAAGUAGUCGUCUAUGA